AUGGUGAAGAGAAAAGUCGCAGCCCUGGAGAAGCUCGAUGCAGACUUUGCGAGCUUGCAGUACAAGAUACGCCGAGACCCCAAAUCAUACAAGGACGAUUUUGUCCAGCAGUGGGAGCAGUAUGAGUCGCAGCGCGAAAUCUUUCUGAUGAACCCGACGGGCGGAACGGCCGACACGAUCGAGUCCUUUCACAACAUGGUGGAUUUGAUUGCCCACGUCGCCGACUGCUACCCCGACGAGACGAAGUCAUAUCCUGAUGACUUGAAGAGGAUCCUGAACCAACACCACGCUGUGCUGCAUCCUGACCUGAGGGAUAAGAUUGUCGGAAGCCUCGUGCUUUUGCGUCGCAAGGACGUCAUCGACUCUGUGAGCUUACUGACGACUUUGUUCCCCAUUCUGGUGUCGUCGCCGAGCAAGACGCUGCGCGAACUGCUCUUUCAGAAGAUUCUAAGCGAUAUGCGGAAUUCAAACUCCAAGUCGAUCAAUCACCCGUUGAAUCGGACCGUCCAGACCGUGCUGUACAACCUCGUCACUGCGGAUCGAUCCUCGCCAAGGGCCGUUUGGGCCAUCAAGCUGACGCGGGAACUGUGGAAGCGACAGAUCUGGACCGAUGCCAAGCCCGUGGACGUCAUGAAGGAGGCGUGCCUGUCGGACAGCGAGAAGGUCGUCGUUGGCGCCACGCGCUUCUUCUUGGGCGGAGACAAGGAGAGAGAAGAGCUGGAAGACGACAGCAGCGACGACGAAAUCGACCUGUCGAAAAUCAGGCACCAGAUCGGCAUCAACAAGAAGACCAAGAAGCAGAAGAAGACGUACGACAAGGCCGUGAACAAGGUGCGGCGGGACCAGCAGAAGAAGGCCAAGCCUCACCCGUUGAACUUUUCCGCUCUCCAUUUGCUACACGAUCCGCAGGGAUUCGUGGAGCAGCUGUUUUCAAACCAUCUCCAAAGCUCUAGGUCGAAGCUGUCUUGGGACUCCAAGCUCCUGGUUCUGCAGCUGAUCACGCGACUCGUUGGCCUGCAUAAGCUGACAGUCGUGGCACUGUACUCUUGGUUCAUCAAGUAUCUCACCCCUCGACAACAGUCAGUCACCUCCAUCCUGGCGUCGCUGGCGCAGGGAACCCACAACCUGGUCCCCCCGGAUGUCCUCGAACCACUGAUCCAAAAGAUUGCCAACGAAUUCGUCUCGGAGGCAGCAGCCGCCGAGGUCGCCGCCGCCGGGGUGAACUCGAUCCGCGAGAUUUGCGCCCGGCAGCCGCUGGCCAUGACGGACACGCUACUACAGGACCUGGUCCAGUACCGCAAGAGCAAAGACAAGGGAGUCAUGAUGGCCGCCAAGGGUCUGCUAUCUCUGUACCGAGAAGUCGGCGCCGAGCUCUUGCAAAAGAAGGACCGAGGCAAGAACGCCACAAUCGGCCUCAAGAGCGGGCUGCAGCACCAGCAAAAGUUUGGCGAGGAAGCGAUCGGGUCCAUCGAGGGGCUCGACCUCCUAGCCAAGUGGAAGGACGAGGAGAGGGUGAGAAGACGGCUGGAAAAGGGCCUCCCCGAAACGGCCGGCAGCGGCGAAGACGACGGCUUCGACUCGGACGAGUGGGAGGUCGGCUCCGAGGACAGCAGCGACUCGGGCGAAUGGAUCAACGUCGAGCACUCGGACGACGAGGCGCCGGCACUCAAGAAGCAGAAGCAGGCAGAGGGGGAGGACGCCUCUGGGCCCUCCUCCACCGCCGCGCAGCUCGAGCGCAUGCAGCUCCUCGCCACCACCACCAUCCUCACGCCCGCCGAUCUCGCCAAGCUUCAGGAGCUCCGCGCCGCGGCCGCCGUCGAGGCCGCCGCGUCGGGCCACCGCAGGCGCAGCAACAAGACCGACCCCAACAGACACGUGGACGACGGGCUCACCGCAGAAAACAUCGAAGCACCCGCCAGGCUGCGCAAGCUGACAAAGGAAGAAAAGGUGGCGCUCGCAAAGGAGGGCAAGCCCGACCGGGAGGAGCACAAGUCCACCCAGGCCAUCCGGAAGAGCAAGAAGGAGGCCGCGGGCAAGAGCACGAGCAACAGGGAAAAGGCGCGGAAGAAGAACUUCCUCAUGACGCUGGGCAAGGCCAAGAGCAAGCAGAAGAGAAGUCUAGUAGAGACGAGGAAAGUAUUGCGGGGGCACGUCGAAAGGAGCACGAGGGGCGGGAGGAGGAGGAACUUUGCCUAG